GAUUAUAAUGGUAACAUGCCAAUCAAAACAUUCUAUAUGAGUACUGCUGCAAUCGAAGACACUUCGGAAAGUUUAAAGAAAGGGAUUUGUGCUGGGUUCCUGACUCCCAUUGUAUUUGUACCAUCAGAACCACCAUCAAUUGAGCAGCCUGAAAUUACACUGCCGCCAUGGAAUGUGUUACCAGCUCAACCAAUCAUUUCAGGCGCAAGUACCGAUGAGAAGAACGAUCCCAUUAUGACUGCAUUUGUUGCGAUGUUAUUAGUUGUUAUAAUAAUCCUUUUAUUAAUAUGCAACGUUUGCACUGGAAUUGAGAUCAAAGUCAUUAUGGAUAAUGAAAAGAGAGAAAGAAAAGUGAAAGAUGAAGAACAGCCUCUUAUCACGCCACUUGGCGAUGGAUAUGAACUAAGUGAUCUGGUACUGAAGAGGACAGGAGGUGUGCCGGCAGAAGUAAAUGCGAUAGACGAACUCGCAAAUGGAUCCGAUACAUUGAAUUACAGGGACUCAUUCAGAGAAGAUCUGGAAUGGGACCCACAAUUAGACAAAUCGAAGCUGCAACAAGCUGCGUCACCAACACCAGAAAGUGAACACUAUGUUUUUAUGGAAAAAGAACCUGCACCCUUGAUAUACUUUACAGAAGAACUAGAUGUUGAGCCAAUUGUAUCACCGCAUGACCUUCGACCGUCAGGGUCAUACGACGAGGAUCUGCCACUGCAAAUAAGCAGGUCUUCAGGUAGCAGCUUUGACGAAUUUGUCGAGUCGUCAUCAGCCAUCAUGGAUACGUCACAAGUUGCCACAAUACUCACACUGCCGGACUUCGAACAAGCAAAAGAACAGGACGACGAACAAAAACAGGCAAACGUAGAAGAUAAUAGCAUGGUCGAAAAUGAUGUCGGAAACGUUGAUGAAGAACAUAAAGAUGAGGAGUGUGAAAGUAUAAAGGAAACAGAUGUCAAUGAAGAAAAGAAUACAGAUGUUAUAAUACGAAAUUAUUAUGUGGAUGAUGAUCAAGAUCGCCACGGAAAUCGAACAGAAACCGAAAGUACAGUUGAUAACAAAGAAAAGAAUGACAACGAGAAUGAAGAUGAGGGUGAAGAAGCUAAAAUUGAAAGAAAGUCAAGCAGCAGUAGUACUUCUUCUAGGAGCAUUGACAGCAGUAAAACUUCUAGUAGUAGCAGUGAAGAAAACGAGGAAGAAAAGGAAGGCGUAGAGAGUGCUACAGUCAAAGCAGAGGACAGUAAAGGCAACGAUACAAAUACAAAUAAUAUCGUGGAAGACGAAGAAAAGCCUAAAGAAAAUGCACAUGUAGAAAGGAAAUUAUGCAGUAGUGAGGAAAGCGAGGAGGAAAAAGAGCGGGGUUUAGCCGUUGAGACAAAUCCAAAUGAUGUGGAUGACGACGACACAGAAAAGGAAGAUAAUGAAGAGGAAGUAAAAGAAGAUAUAGGCGAGACAAAUGAAAAUAAUAUUAAAGUAGAUGAAGACGAUUCGGAAAAGAAUGAUAAAGAGAACGAAGUGGAAGAGAAAAAACCCAGCAGCAGUGAAAAGGAGAAAGAUGAAGUAAAAGAGGAGAAUGCAGAUGAUGGGGAGACAAAUAGAAACAAUAUCAAGGUAGAUGAAGAUAUGGACAAAGAUGAAGACGACGAAAUAAAAGAAGAAAAGCCAAGCAACAGCGAUGAGGAUUGUGAGGAAACCAAAAAAGGAGGCACAGCCAAUGAUGAGAUAAAUGAAAAUGAUGAAGAUGAAGACAAGGUAAACGACGAUGACGGAGGGGAAAAAGACAAAGCAACUAGCAGUGAAGAGGAGGGUAUACCAGAUGAAAAUGAUUUAAAGGUACAUGAUAAAGAGGCAAUAAAAGAUAGCGAAUCUAGGAGUGAUGAGGCUAGUAAGGACGCCAACGAAGAGGGCGAUAUAGCGGACGAGGAAACAAAUGAAAAUAUCCAAGUAGAUGAAGAUGAUAUGGAGAAUAAUGAGCAUGAAGAGGAAGAAACAAGCAGUAGUGAAGAGGAGAGUGUGACAGUAAAACAGAAAGACGAUACUGAUGAAGAACGUGAGGAGAAUGGGCCACAAGAGACUAAAGUACAGGUCAAAGAAUCUGAAACAGGAAAUAAAACUGACAAUACCGAAGUGCAAAUUGAUAAUGAAAAUAAUGAUAUACAUGAAUAAGGAACGAUAAUGAAAACGACGACCACGGAAUUUGUGACAGGAUGCAUGACGGGGAAAAGAACAAAAACAGAGUUGAUAUUAAUGGUGAGAAAAGUGACAAAGAAUGAAUGAAUGGUAUCCCACCGAUAGAUAACAAAACAUUGAGUUAGAAAGCAUCCAGUGGAGCAUGGUCGCUUAAUCGCUUUCCUUCAAAUCGCAGGGUCGUGGGUUCAGCUCAUUUGAGAUAUCAUUUCUUUCUUCUUACUAUGACAAUUCUAAAAUGUUUGGAUUGGACAUUUAUAUUCAGAGAGACUGCAUAACAUUUUCCCAGGUCAAAUCAGGGGCCAUUCCAGAAUUUUUGAAUAUUUUAUUUGACGAAAACAUGUGAAAUGCCUAUUAGUGUGGUCAUGACAUCACAUCAUGACCAUAUAUAGGCACAUCAUGACUAUAUACACUG